AUGAUGUCAGCGGAGGAUGUUUGGAUUACUAAUUUUUUCGAUGCCUCAUAUGAACAAACAAUUUCAAAAAUUGGCCUUGUAUCGCAAGAGCCUACUUUGUUCGAUAUGACUGUUCAUGAAAAUAUUGCUUAUGGUGACCAUAGUCGUCAAAUACCAAUGAUAGAAAUAAUUGAAGCAGCCAAGAAAGUGAACAUUCAUGACUUUAUUCAAUUAUUACCACAAGUAAGUGCGCUACGUUCUUUGUUUAAAUUAUGCAAUGGAACAAGUUCAUGA